AAGCUGACUGGGCUAACUACUUGGCCUUGAUGGUAAUUAUUUGGGUUCUCCCACUUCAUCCAAAUACCUUUCUGUAUCGUCUACUUUGGGGAUUCUUCACCCACCCUUGCACCUUUUAACACCGUCGAGUCAUAAUUAUUACUUGUUUCACUGCAUCUUACUUACAUAUCAAGCAUAUCAAGUUACGUACCUUGUUGCAUCCCAUUCUCCACAGCUAUCACAACCCGCAUUUUACACCUUGACUCCAUUCGCAUAGUACCAUCUCCCAUAUCUCCCCCACCAUCAGCUUCGGACCAAUCCCAUCUGGACGCCUCACUUCUGAAUUUCUUAAUCUCCCUUCGCCGAGCUCGAUUUUCUUUCGCAUUGCUCUUCGGUAUUACGCGCGUUCUCAUCUGUUGCCUUGUGUACAUAAAUUACGACUUCUCCUCCGUCGCCGUAGCCUGUUCUUUUCCUCCCCCCUUUCCUCUUUUCCCUUACGUGCCAUGUACUAGAUAUUUCGGAUCGCGACCCAGCCGCGUCCGGUAGGGUCGCCUAGGAUUCCGACUUCUCCCAUCGCUCUCUGCUGUCGAGGAUAAAUACCGAACUAUCCCCCCUCAUCAAUUCCUCUGUCGCUUCAUCUUCUUUUCCUUCCUUCGAUGCCCCGUACCGAGGAGCGCUCAACCCAAUGGCAGGAUCCAUCCCCGACCUCUCAUUGCCAAAUAGCCCUUUCUUUAAUAUUUACAGUGAUGCACCUGUGAUCUCUAAUCCCCCAACUCUUCCUGGCGGACCAUGCAAUUUCGUGGAUUUAACACACGGCGCCCAGGGACCUAAGUGCGGAUGUCGUCGCUUCUGGAGUCGCGGUGCUUUCUCGCCCAGGACGAGCAGAGGAAGUUCUGCAGGAAUCUCCCCAGGAUAUGCUACUGGAUACCCAAAUGGACAUAUCGCAUCGGAUGAAUCUGCUUGGUGCAUGUGUUCCCAUCAUGCCUGUUUUCAUGAUGAUAUCCGCAACAGCCAGCCUCCUGUCGCAAUGGCAUCUAAUAGCACUGACGUCGUGGAUAAUGGCCAGGAGAAUGAGCGGCCCAGGACCAGUAGGGAGCCCCUCACACCAGUACCACCGGAUCUUUCUUUUAAGCUGCCGGCGCCGACGGAUCCAGGCAUAGAAUUUUAUACGUUGAAUGAAUUCCCCUUUUCAAACCUUGCGGAGCAGGAGAAUGCGCUCCAAAAUCAGGUCGCGGCUCCCAUGCCACCACCCUCUAUUCCCGAUACUUUAAGCUGGGCCAACCUAAUUCAAUCCGAGCCGGACGAAGGAAGCCAACUCCCCCCAAUCCCAAGCCAGUGCCUAAUCUCUUCGCAGCCGAGCUCUACGACGUCGUCUGCUAGAGCGGGAUACCUACGGCCGUUUGCCGGGAAAGGGCUAGGAACACUAAGUGGUGUUAGAUCCAAAUUAUGCGAACCUCCUCUAGAACACGAGGAAGAAGCGAACCCACAGGAGGAGACAACCGUUGCGCUCAGCGUGGAUCAAUCCGUGGAUGAUGGACAGACUGUUACAAACACUCCCAGGUCUUGUAGGAACGGGGAUAUAGCCGAGAGGCAGAGCUUAUCUCCUCCUGGAUUCAACCGACAGGCAAUCAGACAACUAUCCGACGCCGUUCAAGGGCACGAACAGCGAUUGGACCGACUCGAAAAUCCGUCCGUCUCAGCCGUUGGUCAUGACGGCUGUGAUGAGAGGCACGAUCAGAGCGACCUGAGGAUAACUGAGCUCGAGUCGCGCGUGGAAGAAGUUGAGAAGUUGAUUAACGAUAGCACCCAGGUUUCUGACUCGCGUGCCCGGCGCCUAAACGUUAACGAGUCUAUGGCGAGCGUAGCAUCCGUCUCAACUGUCGGAAGCGAGUACGUGGUGAGCCGUGCAGAGCUUUAUAGCCAGCUCCAGGCCUUGAAGUCUCAGUUAAAUCAAUUACAAGGCCUGUCGUCCUUCCCGUCGUACACCUGCCCGUGGGAGGUUGAAGUCGUCUUUUUGCCUUUCGCUUUGAAGGGUGUAUGGAUGAAGUUCCACGACUACGUGAGCCAACGCCCUUCAGGCGGUAGCGUUGAACCUGAUCAGUGGACGCAGCUGCCUAAUAGCUCGUCUAUUUUAGAGUCUCAGUCUGCCGAAUUUAUUGACUGGGUCGGGCCCGAGCUUGAGUCAGAGUGGCUGCUUGCCCGGGCCUGUGCGCCCAACCGCGUCAUUGAACAGCGGCUUAAGAGUCGGGGUCUCGUUAAGAAGGUGACUAUUCGUGGUUCGGAUGCACGAAGUGUCCAUCAAGCUCUAUGCGAUGCCUUUGGAACUCUGUUCCGUACCUUCUCCCGCAUGCAAGCAAAUGUUCAUCAUGGCUCGAUUCAACACUACCGCGUGACCAAAUUCCUUGGUCUCCAAUCUCCAUGGGUGCCUUUGCGCAAGAUACACAAGGAUUCGAGACUGCGAUUUUUAUCACCCCCCGAGAUGGUUACGCCGGUGACAUGGGACGUCCCAUUUCUACGCUCAAGCGUAGUCAUGAAGGCGACCGGUAUCCAACGUCUCUACAUUACCCAUCCCGAGGCGUACCUUCAGAAUCAAGAUGCGUACGAUAAUGGGUGGAGCUGGCAGCGACUGCGAGAACUAAGCCGUGUUUAUGGGGACUCUCAGAAUAGUGAAGAAGUUCCCGAGGCAGAUGCUAUGGAAGAUUGCUGGGCGUGGAAUGACAAUCUCGACGAGCAUCCCGCAAGCAUCCAUACGUCUCAGUCUACUAGUCUCCGACAGGCAGCGCAGCACAAUUGGCAUAGGAUGUCUAUGUCGCCCGGCCCUGGUCUCCUCACGGGGACUUCCCGCCCGUCUCCUUCUCUUGGGACUAGCCGUUCCAUUUCUCGCUUUAAAUCUCCGGUAAUGCUCAGAGAACGCAAAGCCUCUAGGCCGCCUCAUGUUCGCAUGAAUUCUAUGCCACCAACGGCACCAAGUUUAGAAUCGCCUUCUCAAGCGAAACGGCGAGUAACAUCAUAUAUCCACCAGUACGAGCGUCGUCCGUCGCCGCAAAUCAUACGAGCAGUUCCUACGACGGGACAUGUCGCAUCGCUCGUAAAACGUCGUAAUACUCAUUCGCCAUCAAUUCGCCGGCGCAACACGCCACGCUACAGUACAUCAUCGCCCAGCCCCGCACCUGAAGGGUUUAUUCCCCGCAAUUCGACACCAUUCUAUGCCACACCAUAUAGCAACGCUCCAGGUUUCGAAGCACGAGCCGGCCGUAGCGCAGUCAUUGUCGACGAAGGGGGCGAUACGGGGGACAGCGGUAGCGAGACUGAACCUAAUGAUAACGAAGACUACAUGGACGAGGACGACGAGGACGAGGACGAUUCGGAUGAUAGUCCCAUGGUCGACUUUUCACAUCAAGAAGUCUCCAAGGAAUCCUGGCAGGACGGGCAAUUGCACGGCGGCCCGGAAGACGAGCCGUGGCCGGGCAUAGAGGAUGCGGAAAACCACAAUCUUGAGCCUCACAUUGGCAUCCAUGUGGACGAUGACGCCAUGAGCGACAUGGACGAUUUCGACAAGAACGAGGACGACAACCUGAGCCAGGCGUCUAGCGUCCCAAGCGAGUACCCCAGCAACCAGCCUGCUUUGAUGGAUGCCGAAGAGGGAUUUAGGGUUUAUGAAGACGGUAACGUAGCCGGGAAGUAAAGCGUUUGAUUUACGUUCAAAUUUUGAAGAUUGUUGUUAUUUGCUGCAUUUAGAUUUCAUACAUCUCGGUUACGGCGUAUCGUGCAUGAUACACGAUUUGCGAGGGAUUUAUGUUAACGAAUAUAGCGGCAUUAGGGGGGCAUGGCGUUUUGGAGGGGUAGGUAUGUGGUAUGUAAUACUACUGCUACUUACUACUUGGCGAAUUCUCUAGCGGAUGUUUGUCUUACAGUGCGAGCGAUGUUUUUCCAUCUGGCCUUCGAGCCUGGGUUCAUUUUAUUGUUCCCCUCUCAAAGAUAUCUACCUACUUUGGUUACGUUGUUGUUUCUCGUGAUGGGCUAUUGAUACGAUGGAUGGAUGGGCGGAUGGGUGGAAAGAUGGGAUAAGGUAAAGCGGAGAUGAGGCGUUGGAUUGGGAGGUAGUUUAGGUUAGGUAGGUAGUAAUGGCAAAAUCAUAUCUCUUUGUCUCGUCCUGUUUGAUUGCUUUGAAUCGCACACCCUCACAUUUGGCUUUUGUAUGAGACGGCAAGAGAAUGCAAACCUUGUCAUAUAAAGAGAUGUGUUCUGUAGAUACGUAGGUGUAAUGGCGUAAAGGUACUUGCUUAUUAAAUGGGUUUAAAUGCUCUUUUUAGUAGCUACAGUGUUCUAUAUUGGCUUCAUUACGGGUAUUUGUAAUAUUGCAUUGG